AUGCAAAAGAAUGAAGCUUUGAGCAUUCGUGUUGAAAUUAUGGAGAGGAAGUUGUUGGAGAAUGAUAAAAUGCUCAUUGAUACUAAAGAAUUUGCAGCAAAAUUAGAAUUUCAUCUUAACUGGGUUGUUAAUGAGGGUGUAGUGAGAGUGGUGGAUAAGGUUAUCGAGCUUCUCGAAUUUAUUCAUGGCAUUAGUCUUAUCAAGAAUAUUUGUUGGGAUGUCGGGGAAGAAUCGAGCCUAGAAAGUGUAAAGAGGGAAGUUGUUGUUAGGACAUUUGACAUUGGCGCAGCUAGUUCUUCUUUGAGCCAUGCUGGUAAGGUUACAGAUUCUAUUUAUGCAUUUGUUUCCUGCGAUUAUGCAACUUUACUGCACUUGGGUGAAUUGGAUGUUGAUGACCUGAAGGAACUAUGCAUUUAUGAAGAUCGUGCUGAUGGAGGUAUCAAUGGUGUGGCUAAGAUUACAGGCUUGGAUGGUGACGAUAGAAAAGGAGGAAGCUUUGUUGCGUGA